ACUUAGAACUGUCAUAACUUAGAAACACGUAACUUAGAAACACGCAACGCAGAAGCACACAACUUAGAAACGUCGUAACGUAGAAAAUCAUAACUUAGAAUUAUCACAAGUUAGAAACACAUAACUUAGAACUGUCAUAACUUAGAAACACGUAACUUAGAAACACGCAACUCAGAACCACACAACUUAGAAACAUCAUAACGUAGAAAGUCACAACUUAGAACUAUCACAAGUUAGAAACACACAACUUAGAACUGUCAUAACUUAGAAACACGUAACUUAGAACCACACAACUUAGAAACGUCGUAACGUAGAAAGUCAUAAGUUAGAACUGUCAUAACUUAGAAAAUUCUAAGUUUUGUGUUUCUAAGUUGUGUGUUUCUAAGAAGUUGUUUGUUCUAAGUUAUGACAGCACCCCUCGUCAGUAUAUCAUAAGCGCGGGAUCUCUUGAGAAUGGGAGGGGUGUUAGGCUCUGAGCCGAAAAUUACCGAGCCCACCCGAAGGUGUCCGGCAUAAAAUAUAUUAGAUCUUACUGGAGUGACUGCACGACUGAGGCGCUAUCUUUUGGUGGCGAGAAGAAGUACUAAUAAAUCGACCUGUGGCCGACGAGUGUGUCAAUGCUAGGAGUAUAUGGAGUAACCCAUGUUGCCACCUAGCGGCCCGAGACAUAAGGAGGAGAAAGGUUGUCGUUACCUCCGCGCGAGCGUUGGUGUCGGCGCUGCCGACGCCCACAAGUGGCGUUAGUGACCACAGCCGUCGCUAGAUGUCGUUAAAGUCCAGAAUCGUAUCUGCGGCUGUCAAGUCUGAGAUGGCCUUGAAUUCGGUUACUGUCCCCGUGAGUUCACAAGCGGUCAUCGCUCCUGGCUUCACUUCUGAGAAGAAAGGGUGGGGGAGCAGGGGGGGAUGGCUUCAAAAAAUGCAUGGUCUGUGGGACGCAAGGCCCACGGGAUCCUCCUGUCGUGUCUUGCUGCUAGUGAACCUUAUACUGAUUCGUGACAAAGUUAGCAGGGCUCAGCACUGCUCCACAAGCUGCUGUAGGCAAAAGUAGUCAUGCGGAGAAAUUAAGUUACCGGCCUCCGACGUGUCUACAGGCGGGAGAAAUAUUAGCCAGAAUGCUAACCUAGCAUUAGGCUGGGAAAAAAAAUCAGCUCGCCUCUGAGAACAGAGGCUGAGGGCCUAGUCGUAAAGAUAUAAGAUGAGUAAAAAUAAAUAACUUUCCAAAAAUAUUUAUGAUAACAAAAUUUUAAAUAAAACGUGCCUAAAUACCUAAUUUCCGGCACAAAAGGUAAUGUGUUCAUCAUGAUAGUGACUGAAACCCUAUGAAAAGGUGGGCAGUUUACGGUAAGAAAUGGCCCUCAGUGAAUCAUUUUUGAAGUUACAGUGUUUUAAUCCAUUAAAAAAAAGCAAUCACAACAUUAGGGAAAAAAGAAAAUUAAGGAAUGUUACUAGUUGGAUGUGCAUUUUGUUUUCUGAAUUGCCAAAGGGAGCAAAAAUUAGUGAUAGCUGUAGAACAGAAAUUACAACAUUACAACUUGCUGCUGCUUCUUCUUCUUCUUCUACUCACCAGGAUAACGAAUUAAGUUCAGAUUCUGAUAAAGGUCCCAGUUUUUCUGCAUCCUCAGAUGUGAUUGGUUCAUUAAAUAUUUCACUACAAGGGCUAGGAGAAUCUCCUAUUAAUAGGAAAAAAUUCAAAUCAAAAAGUUAUGCAACCAGAAAAAUUAAAACAAUUGACUCCACAAUCAAAAGGUAAUUUUUUGAGUUGCCAGAUAAUUUCUCUGAGGAUGAUGGUGAAGAUUUAUAGGAAUCAGUUUUGCAAAACCUCAAAGCCAAUUUCUUGUGUUCUACUAAUAGGAGCAAGAAGUUAAUGUUAUUAACCUGUUUACCACCAAAUUGGGAAGUUAGAAAAAUAAUGCAAGAGUUUGAUGCGCCAAACUACAUGGUACGACAAUCAAAAAAACUCUUGGCUGAAAAAGGAAUGUUAGAAAUUCCUAACCCCAAACCAGGCAAACACCUCUCAGAAUAUGUAGUUGAAGCUGUCCAUUUAUUUUAUGAAAAUUAUGAAGUCAGUAGAGCGAUACCCGGUGUUAAAGACUGCAUAACAGUCACUGAACCUAAUAAAAAUAAAUCAAAAAUAUCAAAAAGACUUAUUUUGUGCAAUCUGAAAGAGGGAUACACUUUAUUCAAGGAGAAAUUUCCACAUAUUAAAAUAUGUUUUUCAAAAUUUGCGGAGCUUCGUCCAAAGCAUUGUAUUUUAGUGGGUUCUAGUGGAACACAUGCAGUGUGUGUACGUACAAUCCAUCAAUAUGUCAAAUUGAUGAUUGAAAAUGCAAUAUUAUGUGAUUUAACAAAUGGAGAAUUCAAAACCUACAAACAUUGCUUACCACAAAUGGUAUGCAAUCCACCAACAAUAGAUUGCAAUAUUGGACAUUGUACAUAUUGUCCUGGUACUGCAGCAAUACAGACUAUCCUUGAGAAGUUAUUUGAAGAGCACCUGAUAAGAAAGAUCACAUUUCGGCAGUGGAUUUCAGUUGACCGUUGCAAUUUAGAGACACUGCAGAAAUCAUCAGCAGAUUUAAUAGAUUUACUCUGUGACAAGCUGUCACUCUUAGUCCGCCAUGACUUUAUUGCAAAACAACAGACCUCUUUCAUGAAUCACUUAAAGGAAAAUUUAAAAGAAUCUGAAUUUGCCAUCACACUCUACUUUUCAGAAAACUACAGUAUGGUUGUACAAGAUGAAGCCCAGACUAUCCACUGGACUAAGGGACAUGCCACAGUUUACCCGUUUGUGAUAUAUUUAUUAUAAAGGAGAAAAAAGAAUUGAACAUUUGAACUAUGUUGUAAUUUCUGACUGCCUAGAGCACAAUACAGUUGCUGUUUACACAUUUCAAAGAAAUUGGGUUGCUUUUUUGAUUACAAAAUUUAAAAACGUUCCUCUUUUUUUUUUCUUUUCAGAUGGGUCUGCUGCCCAAUAUAAAAAUAAGAAAAAUUUCAUCAAUUUGUAUUUUCACAAGCAAGACUUCAACAUAUCAGCUGAAUGGCAUUUUUCAGCCACAGCUCACGGUAAAGGGCCUUGUGAUGGAGUUGGAGGUACGGUUAAGAUAUUAGCAGCUAAAGCUAGAUUGCAAUGGCGCUAUGAAAACCAGAUCUUGACCCCUUUCCAGCUUUAUGAAUGGGCAGUAGAAAAUAUUUCUGGUAUUAAUUUCUCUUUCACUACACAAGAGGAUUACAUAGUCAGAAAUAUUUUUAAAAGAUAGUUUCAAUCAGGCAAUUACCAUCCAAGGAACUCAGCAAUAUCAUGCAUUUAUACCUGUUGAAUCAAGCACAUCAAAAAUUACUGUGAAAAUAUUUUCUGGAGCUACACAUUCAUCACAAGUAACUGUUACAAGAUCACUAGACAAACCACAAAUAGGAAAGUAAAGGGCUAUACUGCAGUUGUAUAUGACAAUAAAUGGUGGCUAGCUUAUGUUAUGGAGAAAAACGAAGAAAUUGAUGAAGUGAAAGUAACAUUUCUCCACCCUGCUGGACCAUCACAAUCCUUUUCUUAUCCAGGGAAACCAGAUGUAUUAUGGAUUCCUCUCACAGAUGUGUUAUGUACAGUAAAUCCUGUGACACCAACUGGAAGAAUUUAUGUGCUAUCUGAAAAUGACACUUUUUUUCAAGUACUGUAAUUGAAAAUUGCAAUCAAACAUGUGAGUGAUAAUUUCCUUUCUUCAAUUUAUUUCUCAUUUUAAAUUAUUGUGCAGGGGAAUCUUGCAUAUAUUGUACUUCAGCAUAAAGUAUUUCUCAUUUUAAAUUGAAUUCCCUGUAAAAUUUAAUUAAAAAAUUGUUCAGUUUAAGAUACUUUCAGGGUACAGAAUAUAAUUAUCUGAUUUUUUUUGGUGUAUUUUACAACAAGAUUUUACUGUAUUCUGUUAUGCUUUCCUUUGCUGCCAACAUUUAACCUGAGGUUUGACAAAAAGUGCCAUUGUUUUCAAUUAAUUUUACUAUGAACCCAUUAACUCUCUACUUUUAAACUUUGUAGACAAUUUAAUAUUUGUACAAAAAAUUUUAUAGAAUUUUUUGAAAAAAUAUAAAUAUACUUUUUCCAAAAUUUUAAAUUUAAAUUUAAAAAUUAUUUUGAAAAUUAUUUUUUUUCUAGACAUUAUUGUGUUAGAUCUCGUCCCCCUUAUGCCAGAACCACGAAUGUGCAAAAAUCACUUUUUUUAUAUGUACAUAGGUAGAAAGUAUUUUUAAAUAUCUAUGUUUUGCCAUAAACACGAAUGUUGUAUCUCUAUUCCUGUAGCAAUAAUUGCAAGUUCUUUUUACACGAAAGUGGAAUAUUUGCAUUUUUUGUUAUGCCAAAGUAGUGAAUGUGGUACAUUCGUGAAAUGGUCUUGAAAUAUAAAAUUAUUCUUUAGCUAAAAUCACGAAUGUGGCACAUUCGCGAUUUUGGCAUUUCGAAGGUCAUGCAACAUGUAAAAUGAGAACGUCUAUUUGUUACAUUCAUUAUUAUAACUUUACCAAAACAAUUAAAUAAUUAUAUUCACUUCAUGAAACGAGCUGUUUUUCAUGAAACUUAUAGCAUGUAUUUUUAUAAUAGUGACUGACUCAUCCCAGCACACGCACGAGUAUACGUUAUCAACGACUUGUUUAUACGGCAUUACAAGCUGUAAUACAAAACCUGCCUAUCUGCGAAGUGUUAAGUUACGAUGAUGACAUGGUUCACAGGCAGCUAGGCUGUAUUGUGCGACAGUAAUGUGAUACUUGUUUCCUCCUUUUCCAAUAUUCUGCUAUAGCUCUGAUAACUCUGGCACACAGUUUCCUUCAGUUUGGGUAAAGACAGGGGAGAAGUUAGUCAGUCCCAUGUGCAGUCCAGUUCAAGAGAGUUGCUUGUUUUCAUGAUGAGUGAACGUACACAAAAAAUUAUUAGUAUGGCCCAGAGUAUGUUAACAAAUAGUUCAGUUCCCAGGCCUUCGUCCAGCAACGCAACCAUGGGUACGUCAUUAUCAUCAAAGUCAGGUAUGUGUUAAGGUAAUUUGUCAAUUUUAGAUUAAGACUUGUAUGUGUUGCACAAACGGUAUAUUUAUUUAUUUUAACACUUCCAGAUGGAGAAGAAUCAGAUAAUCCAUUAUGCGACAUAGAAACAUCAACAGGUGAAUAUAAUCCAAUUACAAGUUCCGGUAGUAGUGACAGUGAUGUUUACAAAAGUACACAAAAAGCAACAUCAAACAAAAAGCAGUGGAACAAAAAUAAAUAUCGAACAAAAAGUGGAGGAGCCAGGAAGAAACUCGGAACACGAAGUGAAGAACUGGAGAACAAAGGAAACAAGAAUAUCACCAAAAAAAUAGAAACAACCAAUAAUUGUAACAAUACAUCCAAAAAUGAAAAUAUCAGUGACAAUCAAGAAUGUGGAAAUUUUUCGACUUGUGGCGACAUAAUUAAUGAAGUAACUGACAAAGUCGUUGAAAAAAUUGAUGGAGGCAAGUAUCUUAUUAUUAAUGCUCAUUAUUUCAAUACGUUUGCAACAAAGUUUUGAUAAAAGACUGCACGUGUUAGCAUUUCUUGUAAUGUCAAUAUUGUCUUAUUUGAUCACCUAACAAUAUAAUUGCUGACCACUGUCAUGGGUUUGUUCUAUUACCUUACGGGCUUAAACAAAGCUAAAACUGGUUUUUCAAAACGUGUUGAUGUAAGUGUAAAGAGCCCCUUUGCUAUAAGUUAUAUCUUUUAUUAUCAGGUAUUCAGAAGAAAAGAAAAGGUGAUAGUAGCAAGUGGAAAAAAAAUGUGAGAAAAUGAAGAGAAUCCAUGGAGAAGCUUACAUUGGAACCUCCGGAGUAGAACGACCAGGUCGCCCAUUGCUACCGGUUCCAUGUGAAGGUAAACGUAGACAUAAGUAUUCACAGCUAGUGAACGAUGAGCAGAGGUUUGCUUUAUAUACUGCCUUUCGGGGUAUGGAAAGCUCUGAUAAUCAACGACAGUUUAUUGCUAGCCACAUUGAACAGAGACCAAAGAAUCGAACGACCAGACAACUAAAAAAAAGCAGAAGACAGUAUACCUAUGUAUAUACCUUUGAAGUAGACCGUGAAAAGAGAUGCGUAUGUCGUGAUUUUUUUAUGGCAACACUGAAUAUCACAGAUGCUUUAAUAAGAAGUUCUGUUGAAAAAUGCAAAUGUGGUGUAUCUGAAUCCGACAGACGAGGGAAACAUACCCCUCAUAAUAAGUUUUCGGAAGAAGACGAGAACCGUAUCCGACAGCAUAUUUUGGGUUAUCCUUGUGUUGAAUCCCAUUACUGCAGACAGAAGAGCACAAAAAAGUAUUUAGAUUCCAGUUUGAAUAUUUCCAUAAUGCACUGUGAAUUCCAGGCAGAAUGCAAAGAUAAUAAGUUACCUUCUGUGUCCCUUGCUAAGUAUAGAGCAAUUUUUAAUGAGUAUAAUUUGGGUUUUUUUUCCCCAAAGAAAGAAAAUGCCGCAAAUGCCUGGCUUACGAUUCACUUACAGGAGAUAAGCAAAAGGAAACAGAAGAGCAUGAUAGACAUAAAAGAAAA